GAAGCCUGAUCUUCUUCCGGGUGAAGCGUAGGACGCGCAGUGCAGGGGCUUCGGCGGACCUUCUCUGCGUUCGGCGGUUUCGGCGUCUACCGACGUCUUUUUUUUUUUCUUUUUUUUUUGCGGGUGGUGAACCCGAAGUAGCCGAGGACUGUUGCCAUGGCGAUGCAAGCGGCGAAACGCGCGAAUAUCCGUCUACCACCUGAAGUCAACCGGAUUUUGUAUAUCAGAAACUUGCCGUAUAAAAUCACAGCUGAAGAAAUGUAUGACAUUUUUGGAAAAUAUGGACCUAUUCGACAAAUCAGAGUAGGAAAUACUCCUGAGACGAGGGGAACAGCCUAUGUGGUCUAUGAAGAUAUCUUUGAUGCCAAAAAUGCUUGUGAUCAUCUGUCAGGAUUCAAUGUGUGCAACAGAUACCUUGUCGUUUUGUACUACAAUGCAAACAGGGCAUUCCAAAAAAUGGAUACAAAGAAGAAAGAAGAACAGCUCAAGCUUCUGAAGGAGAAAUAUGGAAUAAACACAGAUCCACCAAAAUAAAACUUUUCCUAAAGAAUUGGUUGUUUUGGAUUUUUAAAAAACAUCAGUUUUUCUGGGCCAAAUGUCACCCCCAAAUAUGGACACCUGGUAUAUGAAGCAUUGGUAAUUUUAGUUCCUCAUUUGAUUACAUAACCAUCUUGAUUAUUCUCACCUUUGGAAGGAUUACUCACUGGUAUAUGAUAAUGAUUGGCACUUGGAUAUUGAAAUUAAGGCAUUGGAAUAAUAUUUUUCCACAAGAGACCAUAUUAAUAUCACUUUUUUAGCCCUUACACUUAAUGGAAUGUGUAAAAUAUUCUGAUGGCUCAGUCUCAUAUUUGAUUUGUAAAGGAGAAGCAUGCAUAUUUUAAAAUAUUUUUUGGUACGUGACUUUUAAGUAUAGUCCAUAAUUUGUCUGCUUUGCAUAAUGUGUUGAAAAAAACCUGAUGUACUUUAAACAUUGUAAACAUUUUUCAGGGCUGAAGGAAAAGAAGGAAGUGAGGAAGUGAAAAAUCCUUGAAGUUUCUCUUGUAUGUAUUCCUACACAAUAAUGUCAGUUUAAGGUUGUCAUGUCCCAAGUGGCUCAGAACUGUUGUUUGAGAGUUCCAUUGCUGACCUGCAGAGAUCCACUUCUGUGUCUCUUCUGUUGCAAUGUGCUGGACCAAGAAUCUAACCGCAUUUGAAAAAAAUAAACCUUGAUCACAUUAAGUGAUUCAAAUAACAAAAAGUUUUGGGUUGUGCAGACAUGCAGUCUGAAUUUUCAUUGCUAAAAUGUAGAGAAAUGUUCAGUUUUGCUAUUGUAUUUUGUUUUAUAAGUGGGGGAUAAUACUUGCAAUCAGAUACAGUAGAGGUCAAAUAUUUGAUUAACUCUUGUAUAAUGUAUUUUUUAGAAAUAAGUUUUUUUUAAUAAA